AAAAGAUAACCUUCUCUUUCAAAAUCUCUGGAUUUUUUACAGCAUUGCUUGGAAGAGUGGGGAAGGGCCUUUGUUUGGAUUGGGGGCUCAACAGAGUAAUGUUUCUGAGGACUGCUUUUGCUGUGUUACCCCUAAGCGUUCAUCAGAAUGACCCAACCACAGGCUGACUACCUCUCCACCGCAGGCCCCUACAGCUAUGAACAGCCCCUUCCCCCCGUGGCUCGAACAAAUGGUGUCACCCAGGUGCCCCCGGCCAAGAAGAUAACCUUCUACAAGAGCGGGGAUCCUCAAUUUGGAGGUGUCAAAAUGGCCAUCAACCAACGCAGCUUCAAGAGUGUCAAUGCCCUCAUGGAUGACCUCUCCCACCGGGUCCCCCUGCCUUUCGGGGUACGGACCAUCACGACGCCAAGGGGGGUCCACUGCAUCAACACUCUGGAGCAACUGGAAGAUGGAGGAUGCUACCUGUGCUCUGACAAGAAGUACGUCACACCCAUCAGCUUUGGUGCGCCCAGCCGGAGGGCUGCCCCUCCACGGAAUAGCCGCCCGACCAGUGCGCUCAAGAGGGUGGCCCAAGAGGCCAAGCGGGAGGAUUAUGCAGCAGCUCUCGCCCAGCAGAGUCCAAGGAUACCAAAGAAAAUCACGUUGGUUAAAAAUGGAGAUGUAUCAACCGGGAGGCCAAUUAUCCUCAACAGAAGGAAUGCCCGGAGCUUCAAAACACUCCUGGAUGAAAUUUCUGAGAUCAUGCAGUUCACAGUGAAGAAGCUCUACACAGUUGAUGGGAAGAGGAUUGACAGCAUGCAGGCCCUGCUGCAUUGCCCUUCUGUGCUCAUCUGUGUGGGACGAGAGCCCUUCAAGCCAAUCGUGACAGAGAGUUCCAGAAAGCCCUCCUCGGAGAAAUUGCCCGGCCUGGCUUCACGAUCCAACAGCAACAAUGUUGGUGAAACCAGCGAAAUGAACUUUGGCCUGAAAGCCAAGAAGAGUGUGAUUCAUCCAAGGUCGUCUCUGAGCAACCGAUCAGCAAGGUUUUCAUUGUCAUCCGAAAAGUCUUUUCUAAACGGCCUGACAACCUCGCCAGAGAAUGGUGCUGCGAGCUCAAACAACUGUCCACAAUCUAAAGCAGGGGAUCUGGUCCAUAACUUAGUCAACGAUGACAUCGAAAAGAAGGUCCACAUGAACAAAGAUGGCAGCCUAUCAGUUGAGAUGAAAGUCCGCUUCCGCCUGCUGAAUGAUGAGACUCUCCAUUGGUCCACGCACCUCAAGAAGUCUAGCCCGAUUAAUCAGAUGCCCGGUGAAGAGUUGGGCAUAGAAGACGACAACGGAUUAGACUCUGUAGAGAAAAUGAACCUAGAGGCAAGCUCUGAGGCAGAUGAUUCGAUAUAUCUUUGCGAUGCGGACUCUUACAUCUCAAAGCUUGACGAGUCAGAGCUGGAAGACACCCACUGUCACAACUGUGGCCGGCGAUACAAAAAAGACUAUGAUAUUUGGAAGAAUCCCAUGCACGCUUCCCAAAAGGAGGAGCCUGAAAUCAGGAACACCUGGUACACACAUUCUUCUUGCUCAAGUACUUCGUCGCAGCGGAGAAUCGUCCGAAGAAAGUUUGCCUCUUUGACAGAUAGCAUCCGUACCUCAUCUAGCGGGGAGGAAUACUCUGAGCACAUUGUGCGUGAGUCUUCUUCCUACUCAGAAACUGUAAAGAACAGGUUGGAUGGCCGAGCUGUCAAAAAACGUCGCUGUCAGCGGGACCAUACCCAGCCAAACACAAGCCAAAGGGGGGCUCCUGAGGAACCAGAAAAUGUAGCUUGCCCAGCCGGUUCACAAAAUGAAGACGAUGAUGCCACUGAAGUCUCUACGGGAAUGGGAGAAGAUGCGAAAGGAAAAGAAGGCAAAGCUGGGAGUAGCAGAUCAAAGGCAUCUCGGUGUUCUGUGGACAGCCAGACAAAAGCGUGUGAAGAAAGCAGCACAGUGGCAAGGAGCCUUUCAUCCUGUAGUGUUAAGAAAACAGAAGACUUAGAUGAUAUUCCAAAUAGCAUCUGCAGCAAAUCCAGUAAACACAGCAGCCCAAGAGACAAGGAAGACCAAGAGGAGACUUCUGAGAAUGAACGAGGGACUCCUUCUUGCUCCAGUGAACACUGCCCCAAGGAAGAAGCCACAGAAGAUGACGCUGAAAAGGGACAAGAAGACAUCAAUGAAACAAAUUCCAUCUCUGAAAACGUGGCAUCUGAGCAGUCAGCCAAGGAUGAUGUCAGUGAGUGUGGAAGGUGUUCUGUGGGAAAGUCCUCUGAUCCCCAGACCUGUGAGGACAUGCCAAGUAACAGUGAUGAAAUACAGAUUAGCAGCAUGGCUUCUUCAUCAUCCAGAAUAUCAAAGAAAAGCAAACAGAGUCAAAAUCACCUGGAGGUAGAUUCCAAAGUGUCAUCUAAAGUGUCUUCCUCCACCACAAAGAAAAGGAAAACAAAAAGCUCUCUGCAUGCAGAAGAUGUCAGGUCUAACAGCACAGCCUCCCACUGUUCCAGAGGUUCACCUGAACUGGAGAAAACACCCACAGAAGGUCAUGGGUCUCAUGACUCAAAUCCUCACCUAACUGAAGAGGCACCACCAUCUGCUACUGAGGAUGAGAGCGCGAGCAACGUUUCCAAAUGCUACAGCAAGUCCUCCAGAAGAAGCAAGAAAGAGAGUCCACCAGAGGCUGCUAGCAAGGCAUCUUCUCGUCAUUCCAGUUGCUCAGAAUCUAAUGAAAAAAACAAAAAUGGAACUGCCCAAAUUACUUCUCAGCUACCAUCGUCAAAAACAGGAAGCGUUUCUGAAUCGACAUGCUCAAAAUGUGGCCAUGUGGCAAUAGCCAAGAGCAACGAUCACCAGAGUGUGAAUUCAAGGAUAUCCUCCCGUUCUGGGACCAAGACGAAAUGUACAGAGGCAGAGAGAAGUGAAGAUGCCCACUCACAAUCUAGCAUGGCACAGGCGUCUCAAAUGAAAAUAAACAGCCUCCGGGCUGAUGCAGAGAAUUCCAGCCGAGCCUCAGUGUCAGAAUCUGCAUCCAUGUACAGUGUGCAUUCCCCUGCCCCACCAAAGGGAAGACCUGGCAACCGGAAAAGGAGGACAGUGGUACUGAAGAAAAGCUCCAACAGUGCCAGUGUGGGUAUCGAAUCAGAGCCAACUGCAGACAAGGAGCACCAAGAAAUAAGUGAUUCUAGAUUGGCUUCUUCUGUGUCAAAAUCACUUGAAGCAGACCUAGCAAAUGUGGAAGGGAAUAAUUCAGAUACGCAAAAACAGGAGAAAGAGCACCCACGAGACGAAGAGGAGACAGAGGUUGCUGAGGAUGUAGACAGUGAAACUAUACCCUCUUCCCUUCCAAAGGCAACGCCAGAAGAAGUUGUGCACGAAUGGCUGCGUAACAUUCCUUCAGAAAUGUCACUACUUGAAUAUGAGAUGCAGGAUGACAGGGAGGAAGGCACAGACUUAAGUGCAGAAAUACCAAGCAGUUCUAACCACCAAGAAUGCUUGGAAGGAGAUAAGAAGAAAGAAGACACUGAGGAGUUUGAAGACACACCAGCAGCUGAAGCAGAUCAAGACCAAGCUGAAGAGCCAGCUGUGGAAGUCACCGGGGCCCCCAGUGAGGAGAAGCCUUCUGAAGUGAUGUCGGACAAGGCUGGGACUGACCGAGUCGAAUGCGACCAUUUAGCCAUCUUCAGCCCUCAGAAAGACUUGCCCAGCACCAUUCAGACUUCAGUGCAGAUCAUGAAAGCUCUGCUGGCUUCUAAGCAAGAGGCCAAAUUAGAUCGUUCAUACAGUUUGCCCGAAAUAUCCCCUUUGAUGGGGAGGAAGCUCAGCAAUUCAGCCAGUAUUUUGAUCACAUGCCUCGCCAGCUUGCAGCUCCUUGAGGAAGAGCUAGAUCCCCCAGACAAAUCAAAACCUUUAAGCAGGCAGAGGUAUAUGGAGCUCAUGAACAUUUUCCAAACUGUCUGGUUUGGCUGUGGCUCUGAAAAAGAGGGCCCCAGCACAGAACAGCCAGGAGAGGAGCAGGAAAGCGUGGCCCCAAGUAUCAAGGACCAUCCCUCUAAACAUGGUGACUUCACAGCCAUGUCCUCUUCAGGGGUGGAUGUUAGCAGUGGUGAUGGAGGCUCAAGAGAGGGAAGUGUGGCCGGUGCCAUGGAUCGUGCCUUAUCACCAGAGAAAAUUGACGAGGAUGAACACACACAAGAAGAAGCAAUUGAGGAGCAGAACAAUGACAUUCCGAGCAAUUCAUUCCUGGAGGAGGAAGAAGCUGGAGGUGAUGAAGGAGAACAAGAGGGACUUUCUCGGCCACCAACAUCUUGCUCCAAAUUUGAAAGAGAAGAAAAAACAGAGUCCAGCAAAGCAGAGGAAGUGGCUGAGGCACAUGACAACCAGGGCAGUGAAUGUGAAAUGGGACAGGAUGAUGAAGAAGAACAUACCGGAGAAGAGGAGAAGAAUGAAAGCAGCAGCAAAAAUGAAGAUGAAAAUGGAGAAUGUGCUCAAACAGAUCUUGAGGCACCCCCUACUCAAGAGGGGCUUGAGGAGAAUCCUGAAAAGGAAAAUAGUUCCAAUCAAGACAAGGAAGAGGAUGGAGGCACAGAACAGCCAAGCAAUGCUGCAAUUGAAUCUGACCCAAACAUAAAUGAAGCUCCUGAUGAAACAGCGCAGGAACCAAAUGAAGAAGGGCAGCUGCUGGAUGAGGCACCCAGCAACCAAGUCACUCACCAGGCCCCUGUGACAACUUCUCCAGCAACCCAGAAAAGAUCCAUGGACCCUGAUCCAGUUUGGGUGCUCAGACUUUUGAAAAAGAUCGAAAAAGAGUUCAUGACUCACUAUGUCAGUGCCAUGAAUGAGUUCAAAAUGAAGUGGAACAUGCAAAACAAUGAAGAGCUGGAUGUGAUGAUUGAAGAGCUGAAGGAGGAAGUAAGCAAGAGGAUUCAGAAGAGCAUAGAGAAAGAGUUAAGCAAAAUUCAGAGCAGGGCAGGCAAGAGGGUUCCAAGACCCCCAACGAGUGAUCUGAGACGGGAAUCUACAGUCCAAACAGAAGGCAGAAGACAACAUUUGAAAAGCAUGCAUAAAAUGUCACUAUUGAAUGGAGGCCACAUUAAGCAGCCAGAGACAAGGAAUUUAUCUCAUGACCUGGAUGAAAUGGAUUACUUUUUUAGUACCACAAUUAAAGAUGAUUCUGUUAACCUACCAAGUGAUGAUGAAUAUUGUCCCUGUGAUGCCUGUAUUAGGAAGAAAAUGUCUUCCAUACCCCCAGAGAAUACUAUGGUAGUGAUGUCCAAUGCUCCAGUUGUGAAAGCUUUUGACCUCCAGCAAAUUCUGCAGACCAAAAAAAAGGAGCCAGAUUGUAUCUCUGAAGAGAUUCAAGAUGAGAAAGAAGUUUCUACUGAGCCAACAGAAGGAGAGACUGCUGAACACAAGGAAAAUCCAGCAAUAGAGUCCAGCGAGGAAAAACACCCAGAUGAAACCAAUGAACAAGAAGAGCAGGAAGUCAAUGAAGAAAUUCUCACUGCUGAGGUGGAAGCAGAGAUGGAAGAAGCAAGAAAUGAAGAUACAGAGAAAGAAACAGAAAUAGAAGGGGAAGUAAAGGAACAACAAGAAGAGGAAGAAGUAAAAGAGGAUGGAGCAAAAGAGGAAGUGGAAGAAGAAAAUGCAGAAGAAAAUGUCAAAGAGGAAGAACAACAGGAAGAAGCAAAAGAUAUGAAAGAGGAAGAACAGGAGGAGGAGAAAGAAAAGGAGGAAGUGGAUGAACAAAUGAACCAAGAGGAAGAUGUGAAUGAGGACAAUGAAGAAGAAGAGGUGGAAAAGAAAGAAGAAAUGGAGGAGGAAGGUGAUAUGAAAAAGGAGGUAGAAGAAAAGGAAGAGGAGGAA